GUUUUUAGAGUUUGAGUUUUUAGAAUUUUAAUAUAAGUUUCUGCUUCCGUUUUUGGCUUGUAAGAGUCUGAUAAAGUUAACAGAAUUUUGGAAGCAACACCAUGAGUUCAGAUUAUAUAAAUUUAUUUACGACCACUGUUAUAAAAGUAGCGUAAAAUAAUGUGGGGUUUGUACUUUGUUAUGUUUUGAAAUUCAUAAUGUAUCUUAACUUUGUCCGCGACCAAACACUUUUGCUAGCGUUAGCUGUAAACUGCCACAUGGAGGGAAAUUAGCAAAACGAUGGUAUUUUGACAACACUGAGGAGUGAUUUUACUGGAUCAGAGGAGCUGAACAUGGCCCAUUCAAUUCAAAACAUGGAUAGAAAGUCUCCUUCAAACACAGUAUUUGCUAGACUCAGUCUACAAAAAACUGAAAACUUGGAUCCUGUUCCCGUAUCUCCACGGAUGGUCAAAUGUGACCAGGAGUCAAGUGUGCGUCCACAAAAGCAAAUUUCUAGCUCAUUUAUUAAUUUUAAAAUUGAAAUACCCAAUGAUUCUGCAAAAAAAAGGAAACUGGAUGAUUCCAGCCCCAAUUAUUGCUCCGGAAGCAAAAAGCCCUGUAUCCCAGUGUCCCCAGACUUUGGUUGUUUCAUGGACUACUCCAGCCCUUUAGGGAGACAAGAUUCAAUGUCCCCUUUUAUACCUUCUUAUCCUGCACUGAGUGAAAAUACACAAACCUGUAAAGUUGAAACAAAGGAAAGUGUGAGUACUCGGCUAGACUUGGAGCAUAUAGAAUCUGGGAGCUUAUCAUAUCCAACAGAUGAGGUUGAGACUGAGCACAGCUGUAAGAGAAAGAAGAUCCUUCCUAGGCUUUCAUCUACUUUUGAUGAUGAUAUUGAUGACAUCUUGAGCAUAAACCCACUGAGCCAAAUAGCAAAAGAAGGACAUAAAGAAGCUAAACCUGCCCUUGUAGAUGUAGAGGAUGACAAAGGGUACGUUUCCACAUCUCAUGACCAAAAGGAGGAACGUCAUAGUGAAAGUUCACCAGAGCCACAGCAUCAUGAACAAGUUACUAUAAGUGGUCAGCAGGCUUCUUUCUUAAAUGAUGGCUUGAAUAACAGUGGGCUACUGCUGAAGCCAGCAAACUCUUCUGUGAGGUGUUUGGAGGGGGGCGAUGAGGAGGAAGGGAUGUGGAAUAUUGGCGCACCACUAUUUGAGUCAUCUGUAUGUCAGCCCAGUCCUGGACUGGAGCCCAAGAUGCAGGCAUCGGAAGUUGUCACGGAGCCUGAUUAUGUCUGUAAUACAUACAGUCCAGGUCACUCCACUUUGGAGACAACAUAUGAAGACUCUUUGCCUCUGCAGGUACAGGUAAAAUCCAAAGUGGAGAUUCCUGGUCGUCCUGCAAUUAGCAAACCAACUCUAGAGCUGAAGGCAUACCAAAACAGGGACCAAACUGUCCAAAGUGCCAAAAAUGUGAAGAGUCAAAGAUCCAACAUCUGGAAAAAUAAGACAGAAUGGGAACGUCAAAAAAGACAAUACGUGGCUUCUGUCACCAGUCACAUGACUGAAAAUCAGAAUACGACUCAAGGAUUCGUGUCAGAACUUCAGGACCUGAUGACCCAUGUGUCUGAGCAGAGGGGCUCUAAUGGAGCUCACUGGCGGCAUCCUUCUGAUCUUACAUGCAGAAACUACCAAAAACGGUUCUGCAACGAGAUCCCUUCGAUGACUCUCGGUGAAUGGCGGGCUAAGAAUUUAAUUUCACACAAGCGCUUCUGCAACGUCCCAAAAAUAUUUGAACGAAGUCCAUUUCCUUAA